AUGAAGGCUACUUUCGCUCUCGGAGCCCUGGCAGCUCUUUCCCAGUCUGCCUUUUCUCUUCGCGAGGGAACCUACAUGAUCGGAUCUCCCGCUCUCGACCCUUCUCUGGUCCUGGGUGAGACUCGGACAGAUGGUGGACCCCUCGAAUUCGCUCCUAGGAAUGGCCACCCUGGUCAGACUUGGUUCCUCCAACUCAGCGGUUCAAGCAACCGUGAUUUCUUCGUCAACAACACUCUCGGCGGCUAUAUCAACUGCGGCACCGAGGAGGGCUCCCUCUGCUUCGCUGGAGAAGAGCCCCAGAUCUAUACUCUCGAGUCUGCCGGCGACAACAAAUAUGAGUUUGUUUCUCAGGGCUCCAGUUACUUCCUGCGCGUUAAUGAGCAGCGGGUUCUUCAGCUUGCUGCCUGGGACCAGAGCCCUAACGAGCAAUUCACCCUGACCUCCUCUUAA